AUUCUUCUAUUAAAUACUUGGGACUGAGAGAAAAGACAGCAUUUUUGCUCUAUUUAAAGUGCUUGUGGAACACGUUAACCCAUAUUAACACAUUUUACACCUUUGACAUAUUUGACUCGGCUCGCAGUGAUGACUUCAGCUUUGAGCUGGCCGUACGGCCAUCAAUACGCUUCUGCUUGGGGAGCUCAGACGUCCACCGUGAACUUCUGCGAGACUGAUUACUACAUAUCUCCUUACAUAGCGGAGUUCAUUAACACCAUUUCCAAUUUUUCAUAUUUGGUGCUUGCUUGGUAUGGCUGGCGAAACACGUCCAAGCAUACUGGGGACAACGCCAUGCUGUCCAGUUAUGCGCAGUUGGCCUUUGUCGGUGUUGGAUCGACUGUUUUUCAUGCAACACUGAAGUUUUCUGGUCAAAUAGCGGAUGAAAUGGCGAUGCUAUACGCUACUGCGACAGCGAUAUACGCGCUUGUGGGAGUCCGUCUUGAGCUUCUUCAACGAAUUGUCCUAGGCAUAGCUCUCACGGUCGCAGUCACGAUCAUCACCAUUGCCCAUGUUUAUCAAGACAACUCCAAUAUGCAUCGCCUUUGCUUUGCCUUUAUGGUCAUUGGAGUGGCUGCUCGGUGUCGAUGGCUUAUCUGUGAGUUAAAGUCAUCACCAACAAAGCGGGACGUCGCAUUCCUCGCAAUCGUCGGUUCUAUAAUUUUCGUCUCCGGAUAUGGACUCUGGUUGGUGGAUGAGCAUUUUUGCAGCGUCCUCCAACGCUGGCGAGCCGCCUUGGGCAUCCCAUUUGGAUUUCUGCUUGAACUUCAUGGAUGGUGGCAUGUUUUAACGGCAAUUGGCGUCUAUUACUAUCUCCUUUUGGUUGAGCGCUUGCGGCUGUGUUCGCAACACGCUCUUUCUCUUAAUGAUAAUGACAUUAGGGUCAGCUUCAACAUGCUCGGCAUUCCGUCACUGCAUUUCCCGCGUCCCCUCAUUCAGCCAUCUUCGAACCUGGUUCUCAAAUGAUUCUGCACAACAGUAGCUCAUUCUCAGCGUCGAGCAUAUUUGCCAUGGUGCCAGAGCCCGCGGUUGUGGGCCCAAAUUAGACAAGGAUUCUUUGAUCAAACUUCAAACAAAUAGUCGAUUGUUUUUCCUGCUAUAUCAAAUGUUUUCUGAACCAUUCCUUGCAUGAAUUGUCUUAUUGUUUUUUUUUUAAAAAAAAGGAUA